CCUCUCCUUCCCUUCCCUCCCGGUUCUCUCUCCACCACCACCCACCACCUGUCCUUGGUCUCACAACUACCACCAACCCCCCAUCCAAGCUUUCACAAAUCGCGGUAUUCGCCACCAUCCCGUUUGUCGCAUCAUGUCGCGCAAGGAGGAUUCCAAGGCCAGUGAUGCCACCAUCACUGUCAAUGUAGACGAUUUCACGCGCACUCGCGAUAAUGUCAUUGCUAGCCUCGCGCAACUGGCCAAAGCAGUCACCACCGUGCAGGAAGCGUACAUCACCCAUGCCAACACUGUCCUGGGCCGGGAUCCCGUCCCUCUGCUCGAUCUCACCCACCUUACCAGCGGCAUCGCCGGCGCUCUCUAUGGCUCUGGUGCGCGCGAAAUGAGCCCUGGCGCGAACGAUGAUCAGAAGAAGAAGCGCAAGCGCGCUCCCCCGGACCCGAACGCCCCCAAGCGCGCCCUGACCCCUUUCUUCCUUUACAUGCAACAUAACCGUUCUGUCAUCGCUAAGGACCUGGGCCCCAACGCGAAGCCCAAGGAGGUUUCGGAUGAGGGCACCCGCCGCUGGCAAGAGAUGGGCGAACCCGAGAAGGAGAUCUGGAAGAAGCUCUAUGCAGACAACUUGGCUGAGUACCGGAAAAAGGUAGUGGCCUACAAGGCUGGACUGCCCUAUGAGGAUGACCUCAAGGCUGCCAACCAGUUGCACCAGGGCAUGGAAACCGGUGAGCACUCGGAUGAUUCUGAAGAUGAGGAAGAGGAAGAGGAGGACGAAGAAGAAGAGGAGGAAGAGGAGUCUUCCCCGGAGCCUGUUCGGGAGCCCACCCCGCCGCGUAGUGGCAAGCGUCGCCGCAGCGAGGGCAAGCCUGCUCUGACCAAGGAAACCGCCACGCCCAGCGCAAAGAAGGAGUCGCCUGAGAAGAAGAAGCGCACUUCUGCCCGGAAAGAGAAGGAGAAGGAAGACGAGCAGCCCCCUGCCUCAGCUCGCAAGACCGCGAGCGGCGAUGCUAAGCGCACCAAGAAGAAGCGCAAGAGCGAGGUUGGCAAUGAGGAGUAAAUUCGGUCCUGAGGGAUCUGUUUAUAUCGGGAUGAUUUACCAUGUAUAUGGGACGGGUGUUUCGAUCUAAAUGCUGCAUGUAGCAUAUACGGAUUGGAUCUCUUUCUGGACUGAUGCACUUUUCUCCGGACGAUUGAUGCUGUUGCUGUUGCUAUCGCUGGGUUUGUUUUUGGCGGGCCUGAUGUCAACGGCGUCUGCGGAUUGACUGGUGUGGGGUUUUUAUGAGUGGGGAUGUUUUCCCUCCAUUCCUUUUCUUUUUUUUUUUUUUUACCUAUCUUAUUUUUUCCGUGCCUCUUGCUUAUUUCUGUUAGCUUUGUGAAUUUAUAAGAGCCAUUUUACGAACUGAG